GGACAGACAUUUCUAGACUCUACUAACUGACAAAAUGUCCAGAAUCUGAAUUGAUAGGAAUAGUCUUCUGUGCCGUAUUAUGCGGACACGUGGAAGAUUAGCCUAAACAAAUCAUUUCCACAAUCUCCCAAUUUAAAUGCUCAUUAGUGAAGUGAGAUCCAGCCAAGCACAAGAAAGAUAAAAAUGGCCAGUAUUUCAGGCACCAUGAUCAGUACCUCCUUCAUGCCAAGAAAACCAAUUGUGACAUUUCCAGAUCUCCUUGGGGUUAAAUAUGCAAAUGGUGGCAAAAUAACUUGUAUGGCUACAUACAAAGUGAAACUUAUUACACCUUCAGGAGCAGUAGAAUUUGAUUGUCCAGAUGAUGUGUACAUUCUUGAUCAAGCUGAGGAAGAAGGACAUGAACUUCCUUAUUCAUGCAGGGCAGGUUCUUGCUCAUCUUGUGCUGGUAAAAUUGUAUCUGGAAGUGUUGAUCAAUCUGAUGGAAACUUUCUUGAAGAUGAACAAAUAAGUAGUGGAUAUGUGUUAACUUGUGUUGCCUAUCCACAGUCUGAUGUUACCAUUGAAACUCACAAAGAGGAACAACUCACAAGCUAAACUAAAUUUGGAGAAAUUUUAUGUUUAUAAUGUGGCCAAGUUUAUAGUAUAUGUGAGUGUAUUUUUCUUUCAUUAUAAUGUGAGUGUAAUUGGCUGCUUUGUAAUAUUGUUAUUCUGGGUGUACUUGUUUGUUGUUCAUUCGACAGAAUUUGGCUUGGUAAAAAAGGCUCGUUUUUAUUAAAUGUUCCACAAAUGUUUUUCUGAAUCA